AUGUCAUUGCCAUUGGUCCAGCAGCCCCCACCGGUGACCUUGGCGCAGCAGCCCUAUAGAUCUCACGCCACCCAUGCUUCCAUCGGCCCUGUUAUUGCUGUGCUUUUGGUGAUCAUAGUCUUAGGCAUAGUCGCCGGCAUGAUCGGACGGCUCUGCAGUGGGAGGAAAAUCAUGGGAUAUGGUCAGUGUGACAUCCAAAGUUGGGUUGAAACAAAAUUCUCUUCUUGCAUUGACGGUAGGGUAUAUCCUCCCCAACAACCAAGUGGUAAUGCUUCUGCUGCCUCAGUUCCACCGUCAAUUCAACACCAACCACAGCAAACCACCACCGCCCCUUAA